UCGGUCGCGUCGGUUGUGUCGGUUGCAUCUUGCUUCGCGUUUCGCAUAAUUUUACCGGAAAAAAGUGUUUAAUCCAAUCAAAUACCCCUCGAUCGAUUUUCUCGAUGAAUUCCCCGAUCGAAAGUGUGAUUAGAGCUCCAAGAAAUCCUUAAAAUGGAUUUAUUCCGGGCAUUAUUCCGUGAGUCGAAGGUGAAGUCGUUACGCCAAAGGAGAUUAUUCUCGAUUUUUUCGAUAUCGUGGAUGUUCCAUACAGAUAAAUUCACCAAGUGCCUCAGUGACAUCCAAGGAAUAGGCAGAGCUCACCAGAAGUUUAAUAAACGAAAUAAAUAAAUUACUCUAUUGAUAAAAAAUAAAAUAUAAAAAAUAAAAAUAGAGUGGUGGAGAAGGUUGGGUUGAACCCCCUGAUCUGCAAAAUUGCAUUCCAUUGUCGUGUGAAUUUGAUACAUCACAUAAAAUGAAUCAAUUAAUUAAUUAAUUAGUAAAUUACAGUGAAAUUAAUUUUGGCGUAUAACAACAUUCAUAGUGGGGGUGAAUGGGUAUUACACCGUGAAAAAAAAUUCUUCUCUCAAGUAUAUUUACUGAACACAAAGAAAUAUAUUUGGCGAGAGAAUUUUUUUUCCCAGUGCAGGGAAUGGAAUUAUCUAGGGAAAAUUGUAAGUGGUGAAAUGGUGGAGUGAAACAAGUGAAAUUAAAAUAGUCAUCAUUACCAAUCUUUAUUUGUGGAAAGUGUUUUUAUUUUCUCGGUGCAGUUUUCGUUGGUGAAUCGAUCAAUCGAUAUGUCAAUCAGUGGAAUUUUAUUUAUUUUCGUUUAUCAUUUGGUGAUUGAUGUGAUUGUGUUGUGGAAUUUCAGGUCAAUUAUUAAGUGAGUGGGAUGUGUAAUGGUGAGUGUUUUUUAUUGGAUAUAUUCAUAUGGAUUAGAACGAGCCCUGCAAAACAGCAUGCACCAGCAACAUUGGGCUGCAGUUUUCUUGGUAUUAUGGCGCCAACAAUUUGCAUGGCUGAUUUUCCAAAAGCUGGUACUGAUGCACCUUGUGUGAGGAGAAAGUACUGGCAGGAGAGAGCCAUCAAUAGACACUCCAGGAUUGAGUGCAGACAAAUUUCGGUUAAAAAUGGCAAUUGGCAGGGUAAUUGUCAUGAGUUGGUUUUACCAGGAGCUAGAAUACCUGAUGAGCCUAGACAAGAGCAGUUGAGGCUCAUCGAGAAAAGGAGAAAAGAAUUGCUGGACAUUGUUAUUCGAACUCUGGUGCUAGUUCGUCGCAAUCAUGUACUCCAGAAGAGAGUGGAUGCUCUAUGUCUGGAGACCCAAAAUUUUAUCAGAUCUCAAAUGAACAAUCGACAGGCCAAAGAAAAAAUAGAGCAACGAGUAGAACAACUUGAAGAAUCCACCGUGGUAUCAUCGUCAACAGGCGAAAUGGAAGUCGACAACACCAGGCAAAAUACCGACAAUUUUGAAAUAAAAUCGUCAAACCACGUGACAUCCACCUGCAUUUUACCAGACACCAACAACGGAAUAACCUCCGACUGCCUCUUCUAGGAUCUCAUAAUCCAAUUCCACAAUUUGGAACUUAUGAAAUGAUGCUUUCCAUGAUUUAGAGGGUACAUUUCCCCAUACAUGUACCAUUUUUUCAUAUCACUGCGUAUUAGAGUAAUCACGUAGAUUAAUUACGAAUGGAGAUAAUUAUUCUCCGCAUCUCCUGAUUGAGAUAGAGAUUAGGGUCUCGUUGAGAAGAAGAAACUUAAAACUGAUAUACUACAAAGAUAAUUACAGACGUAUUAGCUGUUUUACGUCGAGAAAAAAAUCAAUUCAUUUCGACAAAUAAAAUUUAUUUCAUACAAGAAAAUUUUACAAUCAACUGCAGAUGUAAUGUAAAUUGCUAUGGAGAUGAGACUAUUUUCUUGGAUUGAAUAGAUUUUUUUUUAUCAGCUCUGCAUCAUUGAGAGUCAGUUGACUGUCAAGACUUUUUCCAUUCUAUUUUUCAUAUACAAGCGACUCCUAUCUGCUGCAAGAGCUAUGAAAUAUUUAGAGAAACGUCUCGUGCCUGAUACUUCGGAAAUAGAUUGAGAAAACCUAAUUCAAGUGGAUCGUCCAGUGUUUGAAGAAAAACGAGAGGCAGAACUGCAUUUCACCACAGGAACAAUUUUGGAUGAUUGAUUCAAUAAACUGGGCGAUUCAUUCUAGAUAAAUUGAAUCAUACUUUCCAGUGCCCUUCAGUGUCUCUUUUUCUAAAUAGUUUUUGGAGUAGUUUUGAGAUGACGAUUCAAUGGCUUUCACUAGAAAUAUCAAAAUUUUCGGCUUAUACAAUUUAGAAUAAUUAGAGAUAUCUAGGCUCUUCGCAUAUCAGUACAUGACGUUUUUGAUAUAAAUCUUACAAUCGAGUUGAAAUUGAUAUCCGAUAACCGCUGCCAGCACAUUAGAUGACACGGACGAAAAAACUCAAUGGAAAAAUUCAGCGCUUCAAAAAUUAAUCAAAAAAGGAAUGAAAUUUAAACAGAAAUUAUCGAUG